CUCGUCUUCCUGUGAGUCCGACGGUGAGGCCCUCAGCCCCCCGGGUUCGUUUGCUAGGGUUUCCGCAUUUGUGAGACCUUCGGUUGGGGAUUUUCUGGAUCAUGGUCGCUUUCGCCACGUGAGGAGAGGAAUUUUAUCCCGCGUGUGCUUUGGUUGUCUCCUUACUCUCCGCGCUCUACGGCGUCACUUUCCACGGGCUGGUGUCCAUGUUCUCCCCUUUUCGCUCUGCCCCGAAUCGCACCACCUGGACUGAUUAUUGUUGUUUGUAGGUUUUGAAUGGCUGGAUUUACGGGUGUUCCUCUGCGCGAGCCUUCUCUACGCCGUUCUUCUUCUUCUUGAUUUUUCCCCUUCCUUUCACGUGGGCAGGCUCCGCCACCGCUUGCUUCUUCUUGCUCUUCUUUUUCAUUCUCUACGCAUAUAUUGCUUCUUUGGUUUGUGUUUUUUGUUGUUUCGCUUCUUUCCUGUUUCUGUAUUUGUUUCCUGAUUUCCCUUUGCAGUUGCUGCGCUGGUAUGGAUUACUAUCACUGUGUACUCGCUGAGUAUAGGCCAGAUCUAUGGUUUCCUUGUUACUUGGGCUAGAUCUAAGGAUUUUCCCUUGCGAAGUGCAACGAACAAGGAUUGCUUCUAAUCUACUUCCAUUUGGCGCAUCUGGUUGGGUGCUGCCCUAGCUGGGAACGACGCUUGAUCAACGAGGAGUGCUUCAUAGCGCUCAGUGUCCCAUUGCAGUUGGGUGCUGUUCUAUCUUGUGACGACACUUCAUCGACGGGGAGCGGUCUAUAGUGUGCAGCGUGGCAUUGUGUCAAUGCAGAUGCACACAGAUCAGGCGUAUCAAGAUACUGAUGUUUCAAUGUCAUCUGCAUCCAGACCCCGCACACAAUUUAGCCGUGGAGCUCGCAGAGGCCAAAGUUUCGAAGAUGCCAUUCGACCUGCUCCCAGCGUUGCAUCCAAAAGCUAAACACUGGACAAUCUGUGUUUGUGUAUCGCGCAAAUGGGAAUACCGCAAUGGCACUGAUAAUGGACCCAUAGCCCACAUUGACCUUGUUCUCGCAGAUGAACAGGGAAAUGCCAUAUAUGUUGAGAUACCAAACUCAGAAAUAGAAGCAAAAGCAGCUUUGCUUGAAGAAGGUGGUAUCUACAUCAUAAGCCGCUUCAGAGUUUCCAAUUCUAAAUCCUUGUACAGGCUGGUCGAUGUACCAUAUAUGAUUGAAUUCACUUGCUACACCAAGAUAGCUCCAACAAGAGAUGCACCAGAAACAUUUCCAAAGUAUGUUUACAAGCUCACACCUUUUGUUGACCUGCCUCGACAUGCUGGUGAAAACAGGAACUUUCUAGAUGUCAUUGGCAUCAUCACUGAAAUCUCUGACCCAGCUUUAAAACAGCUCAUGAAUCAGUCAGCUCCCACUCUAAGCAGAGAUAUCAUUCUUAGAGACCUUAGCAAUGUCGAAAUUAAACCGACACUAUGGGGACAACAAGCUACACCGAUUGUUAUCCUUGUUGUUGGCAACCUCAUGAAAACUUUCGGAGGCGAAGAAUACCUUAGUGGUAAUACUGCAUGCCGCUGGUACUUCAAUCCUAUUAUUCCAGAAGCUGAACCAUUUUACAACACCAUCCAAAAUCAACGGCUCAUAAUCAAGCAUACUCCUGCGCCAGCACAGCAAGCAACACUCACUCAAAAACGAGCUCAACUUGAAGAUAAACAACUCCAAGAUUUAUAACAGAUGAAUCCAUAUGACUUCCCGGAGAACGGGUGCCGCUAUACUGUGACAAUUACACGCUUACUCCCAACCACAUCAUGGUGGUUUGCAUCAUGCAACAGAUGCAGUCGAGCUUGCACCCCAGAUGGUACCGGAUACAAAUGCAACACAUGCUCUUGCACAGGCUACCGCUUCAAUUACAAAUUGUGUUUUAUAACAAAUGAUGGCACCGCCGAAGCUGAAAUGAUUGCUUUUGGCAAAGUUGGACGUCGCAUUGUCAGUAAACCUGUUCAACAAGUUUUGAGAACUACGAGAUUUGCAAAUGACACUCCACCAGACACCGCAGCUAUAGUUUCUCCGAAAUUCACUUUUGCAAUCACCCUGACGAAUCAAAGUUACUACAGCCCCCAGAAAUCAUAUCAGGUGAACUCCAUCCUCGCUGCUUAUGGGAGGUAGCAUACACUCCCACAUAUUAGAAACAAUCAACAAAAAGGGCCAUUAAACUCUGAAUUAGCAAUUCACACAACCACCUACCAAGAGCCAUCAAUGUCCCAAGCAAAGAUGCACACAGACACUUACCGCAUUGAUCCACAUGCUGCUCCACCUGCUGCUACUCCCCAAUCUUCUGGAUUAAAGCGCGCCACGCCUUCUACACCACCAGAUACACAAACAACAGCUACUGGAAACGUAUUACCAAACAAUAUAAGCUAACACUCUUCUUUAUAAUUCUUUUUGUACUGCAUAACACAUACAAUAUCUCUUUGACACUGCAAAUUGUUACCACACUCAGGUGUUGGCGCAAACACCUCCCCCCUCGCUAGGCCAUGAUGAAUCACCAUCCAAAAAAAGUGCACUUUUAAACGCUAUUGAUGCCCCUAGCCAAUCUGCAACUCGAAGAAAGCUGUUUGAAGGAAACCCAGAUGCUAUAAAGGUGAGCAUAACUUCUACUCUUUAAUACUUAAACCCUUUAUACAUCUGCUUGACCUUAUCAAAAUUCAUGUACUCGCUCUCAAUUUUAUACUAUUCUAUCUGUGUAGGAGACGAAAGCCAGCUACAAAAAGAGCAAAGGCAGCAAUACAAGGUCAACAGACCACCCAUCUCCGUAACCAGCAGCCAAAAAGUACAAAUAACAAAUCCAUC